AUGGAUCAAAGUUUUCUUGAAAGUUGUUUUUCAAAAGAAAUUGUACCAAAAGUACUACUAGAAUUAGGACAACCUGAAACAAUAAGUAUACAAAAAGUAAAGUUAGAUAAUUCCCAAAAUAUUACUGAUGAUUUUUUAAUUGAGGUUAAAGGAUACUCAAUAAAUAAAAAAAGUAAUAUUCUUAAGAUAUAUGGAAUAUCUCAAAAUCCAAAUACAAAAGAGUAUAUUAUGGUUCUCCAAUAUGCAAAGGGAGGCAAUUUUAAUCAUUGGAUAAAUAAAAAUUAUAAAUCUUUUAAUUGGAAAGUUAAAUUAUUAGUAUUACUUAAUAUUAUUAAUGGUCUUAAAGAAAUUCAUCAAAAAAAUUUAGUUUAUCGUGAUUUUCAUACAGGAAAUAUAUUAUUUUUAAAUAAGAUAAACGGUUUUGAUAGUUUAUCAAUUUCAGAUAUGGGAUUAUGUAGAGAAGUUGGUAAUAUAAAUGAAACUAAAAUUUAUGGAAUUAUGCCUUAUGUGGCUCCUGAAGUAAUGAGAGGAAAGCCUUAUACUCAAGCAGCAGAUAUCUACAGUUUUGGUAUGAUAAUGUAUUUUGUAGCAACUAAAAAACAACCUUUUUACAAUCGUAAACAUGAUAAAUCACUUGCAUUAGAUAUUUGUAAUGGAAUUAGACCUGAAAUAAAUGAACCAGAAGCACCAAAAUGUUAUAUUAAUUUAAUGAAAAAGUGUUGGGAUCCAAAUUCUAUUAAUAGACCAAGUACUAUUAAAAUAAAUGAAUUAAUUUUAUUAUUUCAUAAGUCAUAUGAAGAAGAAACUUUUAUUGUAAAAAAUGAAGAAAUUGGAAUGCAAUUUAAGGAAGCAGAAGAAUACAGAAAAGCAAAUCUUUCAUUUACUGAAAAUUAUCAAAUAGCUACUCAUUCACAAGCUAUUUACACAUCUCGAUUACUUAAUCCUUUUACAGAAGAUUUUCUAAAUUAUGAUAAAUCUGAUGAUAUUAAAUUAGUUUAA